AUGGCGAGCCAUGAACACUGGGCACAGGCAUUUGUGGUGCCGACAUCCUGUGUUGGAGCGAUGGUUGGCUGCUUGCUGCUAUUGAUUAUCCCACUCCCAUUUGCCUAUGUGUUGGGCCAGACUGCCGGCUGUGUCCUCUCUGCCUCCACUCUCACUGGUUACAACCAGGAGGGAGCCAUCACUUUGGGCCUGAUAGUUCCCAUUAACACCAUUUCAUCUCCCAAAGUCCUUUUGUUUAAAGAGCGACCAGUUCCUCAUCUUUGUGAUCUAUAUAGGAGAGAUCAGUACAAGUCCAUCAUUGCUCUGCUCUUUGCCACUGAAGAAGUCAACAAAAACCCCCAUCUUCUACCAAAUAUCACCCUUGGAUUCCAAAUGUUGGACUCCUGCUUUUCUGAGGAUUCUUCCCUCCGAGCAACAUUGCAGGCCGUCAGCUAUGCCGCAUCUUUCCCAUCUUUGAGUAAUAAAGUGGAAUUCCCAUCAUUUCUUAGAACCAUAGUGAGCACUGAGGGGCAGCCGUAUGCCCUGGUCGAGCUGUGUAAAACAUUUGGAUGGUACUGGAUUGGAGUAUUAAUCUCAUCAACAGAUUAUGCCAUUCAAGGUGGAGUGGUUUUCAAGAGAGAGGCUGCCAAGAACGGAAUUUGUAUUGCCUACUAUGAAACUAUAGCUCUAGAGUCAAUCAGCCAGAGUAUUCCUUCUAUUAUAAAGAAUGUCCAGAGUAUAACAGCCACUGUCAUUGUCCUCUUUUGCUCCCCUGCCGAGGUCAGCGCAAUUUUAACAGAGGCCCUUCAGCAAAACGUCACCGGGAAAAUAUGGAUAGGGGUGGAAGCUUGGUUUACUUCUCCAGUCUUUCUCAAAACAGAGUACUGGAACCUUCUUAAUGGUACAAUAGGGAUCUCAAGAAGCAGAAGGAUCCUCCCAUAUUUCACAAAGUUUCUCCAAGACUUCUAUCCUUCCAGAUACCCAAGAAUGCUGAACAUCUACCAGUUCUGGGAGAGGACCUUCAACUGCAAAUGGACAGCACUGAACAGCACAUCCAGCUCCUCUCAGACAAACAGUAAGACUUGCACAGGCUCUGAGAGAGUCAUAACAGAUGAUAUUACAGAAUAUAAUGAUCCCAUCUCACAGUUCGUAUAUAUGGCUCAUAAUGCCCUCUAUGCCCUGGCUCAUGCUCUUCAUGAUCUGAUGUCCUGCACACCUGGGGAGGGGCCAUUCUCUGGAGGAUCCUGUGCCCAUAAGCAAGAUUUCCAGCAGUGGCAGCUCCUGUACUACCUGAAGAAAGUCCGGUUUGUGAACACUGCCGGGGAACUGGUGGAGUUUGAUGGCAAUGGGGACAGCUAUGGGAACUUUGAUAUUCUCAACUGGCGUUUGGUAGGGAAUCUCACUGGUCGCUAUGUAAAAGUUGGGACAUUCAAUAACUACAUCAAUAGUGAGCAGAGGCUUUCCAUCAAUACUAGCAUCAUCCAAUGGGCAGAUGGACAGAACAAGGUCAGCACAAGACACAAUGUCCCAAGCUCAGUCUGUGCCGAAAGUUGCCCCCCUGGUUACAGGAAGGCCCUGCUCAUUGGUCAACCGCUUUGCUGCUUCGACUGUGUUUUCUGCGCAGAUGGAAUGAUUUCCAGCCAAAUAAACUCUGUUGAUUGCCUAACCUGCCCCCCGGAUAAGUGGCCAAACAGCCAGAGAAACCAAUGCAUCCCUAAAGUGAUUGAGUAUCUCUCCUACCAGGAGCCACUGGGGCUGCUUUUGGCCUUUUUCUCCAUGAUCUUCUCCCUCUUUACUGUAGCGAUACUUUGUGUGUUCUUCAGGUUCCGAGACACUGUAAUAGUGAAAGCAAACAACCGUUGUCUCGGUUACCUCCUCCUCCUCUCUCUGACAUUCUGCUUCCUCUCAUCCAUGACUUUUAUCAGUUUCCCAACCAAUGUGACCUGUUUAAUCAGACAAAGCAUAUUUGGAGUCACCUUUUCCCUUUGUGUCUCCUGCAUCUUGGCCAAAACCAUCAUUGUAGUCAUGGCUUUUAAAGCCACCAAACCAGACAGCCGACUGAGGCAGUGGGUAAGUUCCAAGACAACUGUAUUUGUGGUUAGUCUUUCUACCACGGUGCAAGCAGUUCUCAUAGCUGUGUGGUUGUCUGUGGCCCCACCUUUCCUGGAACACAACAUUCACAGCAUCGUCGGGAAGGUUGUACUGGAAUGUAAUGAGGGUUCCGUCCUCAUGUUUUACUCUGUGUUGGGGUAUCUUGGCUUUCUGGCCUUGCUAAGUUUUAUUGUUGCCUUCCUUGCUAGAUCUUUACCAGAUAAUUUCAAUGAAGCCAAGCAUAUCACCUUCAGCAUGCUGAUCUUCCUGAGUGCCUGGGUGUCUUUUAUUCCAGCCUAUCUCAGCACCAAGGGCAAAUAUGUUGUUGCAGUGGAGAUUUUUGCUAUAAUAAUGUCUGGCUCUGGGCUCCUGUGCUGUAUAUUUUGCCCAAAAUGUUUUAUAAUUCUAUUUAGGCCAUCAAUGAACACCAAGGAGUUUUUAGUCUCAUCGAGGUGA